UGAGCCGCCUGGUGGAGGCCGUUAGCAACCAGCUCUGUCGUCUUCACCCGGUGGCCACGUGGUCCAGGGCGACCGUGAGGACUCGCUGGUCAUUCAUUCUCAAGGAUUAUGUGGCCAUUAGAGAGGCAGUGCUGGCCGACCUGAGGGUGAUGGCUCAGACCAACAACCAUCUCUUUGAAUUGACUCAGUGGUGCUGGCCAGACUCUCCCUUCAGUAAAGGGUCUGUCAUUGGUACAGGUGGGACAAGGACAGACCCUUUAAGUUCAGUGUCCCGGAGGAGCAGCAGGGGUCUGCCUCCUCCUCCUCCUCUUCUUCCUCCAGACAAUGAACAGCUUUGCCCCUCAUCCAGUGCUGUUGGUCCUUCCCUCGCUCCAGCGCCACUCCCCUCUUCUGUUCAGCCACCUCCUCUGCCUGGACUACUUGUACCCAGGACCAGAACCUACAGGAAGAGGAAGCUGCUGUGGCAGAGCGGGGGCUGCUGCCUGGAGGAAAAACCCACCAGCUGCCAACAUCAUACAUCUGCAGCAAGUGUGUCCAACCCAGAAGGAUUGACACUGACCUCACUCACAUUGCAGGUGUGUCACACUGUGACUGUUGGUGGAAAGACUGUGGAGGAGUGGAGGGAAGAGAUGAAGAGAAGACUGGAUGACAACUUUUUCUAUCUUUAUUUAUAACUUUUAAUUGACAUUAUUUAGUGCAAAGACUUGACAUUGACUGUUUUCCUUGUAAAAAUGUUGUAAAUAGUUUCCAUUGGGCACAAUGCUGUUACUGUAUGUAAGAAUGAAUCUGUAAUUUGUGCUUUCUUUUAUUGUUGACUGAGUAUGUUUUUUCAUAUUUACCAUCUGCCUCGUGAUGAAUCUAACGGGACACUUUGGUGAAUUAGUGUUUUCAUUAUUUAAAUUGGUAAGUACAUAAGACAAAUUAGAAAAGCACAAACACUAGUAUCCAUCUCUAGAUCCUGUAUUGUCACUGUUGAAGGACGGCCACAUUUAAACAUUUCUAUCAUGUUUGUUGUUGAUUAAAGCCAACAUAGAAAGUCUUGUGAUUAAUUACAAAUCAGGAAGAACUUCAAUGCGUUGUGUGAUUUCUCUACUGUACGUGCUGCUACUGUUAAAAUUCACACCAGAC